CCAGCCGGCAGCAGUAGAGCCAACAGGGAAACAUGGCCGCCGCAGGAGAGUGGGAGCUGGUCAAAAAUUCAAGGAAGAAAGCUUCCUCUGUGCCAAAUGGAAAGCUCAGCAAAGAAGAGAGAAAAAACUUCAUCGAAAAGACCCCCAGAGUGACAGCGACAGGAGCAAUAGAAUCACCAGCAGCUGGAAAGGAGAACCGCAAGCCCAAAGCAUCCAAGACUGUUAAUCCACCAAAGAAGAAACCUGACAAGAAACACAAUGAAGGUCCACACCAGCCAGGCACUCUGCAGGAGGCCAUAGGCAGGCUCAAUGUAGGACAAAUGCAGAACCUGCUGGAUGUUGUGAAGUCACGGUUUCAUGAUUCCCCAUUGAUAUGGCUCAAAGACUUGGCCUCUUACCUCAACGUGCGAAUCAAUCCGAUCCACACACCUGACCCAGCCUUCAGAGGCCAUCCACCCUUGUAUCCAACAUCUUUGCUCAGUAAUGGGGUAAAGAAUUUACUAAUUGAAACAUUCACAAGCUGUAACGACUCUGUGUUGGCAGCGUUUCAUAAGCACUGUGUCAGUUCAAUGGUACAAGAACAAGUGAAAGGACUCAGUGUUGUCGGGUACAAACUAUUUAUACAAAUGCUAUCCAUCCAACAUCCACAAGUGGGUUUAGUCAAUCUACCGUUUUACUGUGAAUUGCGGCACAGCAUUCAGAACCAGACUCCUACCUGCCUCUCCUUACUGUGGGCAGUAGGACAGCUUGGCCACAAUGACUUCAUCACUGGUUUGCAAGUGUGGCUGGACCUAAUGGUGCCUCUCAUUGGUCUGAAGCACUACUCUGCAUUCGUGGUGGACUAUGGCAGCACAGUGUUUGGGAGUGGAGGGGGGGAUGGUGCUGAGUCCUGUGGGGAAGUACUGGGUGUGCGGGAAUUCUUUACCAUACUGGACUUCACUUGGUCUUCAUCAGGAUCUCUAACAAAGCCCGUCCAAAGGCAGCUGUUUGCCCUGUAUCCCAAAGUGAAAACGGCAGCUUUUAGUUCCAAUCCAGAAGUUACAUUACGAAACUUCUUUCCUUCCUUUCUGCGACGCCUGGAUGUAAACAUCACUCAUCUAUUGAGAGUUGAGCUACUGACCUGCCUAGUACAGUGCCUGACACAGGAUCCACAGUGUUGGAAUGUGUGGUCACAGCUGUAUGUGAAACACCUGGUACAGUCAUCCAUCCUGCUGGAUCACUUAGGGAGAGAGUGGAAGGUCCUGAACCAAUCAUUAAGAAUUAAGCGGAAAGAAGUGAGGGAAACCAUAGAGAAAUUUGACAAGAGCAACAAGCAGAUGUCCCACAAGGCUGCAGCUGUGCCUGGAGUCCUUGAAGCAACACAUGCCACUGAGACACUCUUAAACCAGAUGAACUCCAUAAAGAAAAAGUCACAUCGACCCAGUUUAUUUAACCUUUUGGCCAUUCUGCUAGUAACAGCAGUUGUAUGGGAUAUCAGAAGUGCUGGAUCCUUCAGAGGAUCAAAAUUAGGACAGACCAUAGAAAGGCUAGGAUUAACUCCAUACAUGGUAACAGCUGGAGAAUAUGCUAGAGCUGCAUUUAUUCAUUCUUAUAGGUGGUGUGCAACAAACUUACCAGUGUACUACAGCCGAGGGUGUGAGCUGGCAGGCCCUUACCUUCUCCUCAUGCUGGAGAAAAUUGAAUGGAUUCUUGCUUACUGUUGGGCUGCAAUGGACUCAGCCACUCAGUACAUCCCUCCUUUAAAGGAAAAGAUAGAAGCUACACUUCCUGGUGCAACUGCCUCUUUAAGUUACUAUGGUGGCAUUGCUCUGCAGUCAUUACAAGAUGGGUUCCUCUAUUUACAAAAUGCUUCUUCACCAUACUUGACACAGGCUCAUGCUUUUGUGUCCUCCAGGAUCUUUGUAGGACCACUUGCUCCUGAGAAGUUACAAGAGUAUGUGGUGGGUGCAGCUGAGUAUGUGAGCCAGCUUUUCCUACAGCUGCAUGCUGCCCUUGUUAGUACCCUUGAGGAGGCCAACAGUAGUACCAAAACCAGCUAAGUUGCCACAUGGAUGUUUUCACAGAGAAAUUCAUUAGUUUGGUUGCCACUUGGGAUUCACAUGUUUGGAAUUGGAUGCAGUACAAUGUUAUGGGGUUUAUUGGGUGACAAGCUGUUUGCAUUCCAGUAGUAAAAUUAUUAUCUUGUAUGAUAUAGAAUAACCUGUGUUGAUCAUUGAGAAGUAUUGCGUAUGUUGGUUUUAAAGCAUAUGCGAACAAACUAACUUAUUUAUUGUGUGCAAGUUGUAGAUUGAACUUUGCUCAAAACUUUAUACAUAUAUAUA